GCAUGAACCGGAAAUAACAAGCACGUGAAAAAAACAUUUCUAGACCUAGAUCUAGAGUCUAGAUCUGUAGUCUACUCAACUCUACUCGAUCUCUAUUGGCUGUAGAAUAGAUCUUAUUCUAGAUCUAGUACGAGAUUUUUUUAUACCAGGUUUAGCCUGUUAGAGAUGGCAUUCCAGCAUCCUCCACCUGACUUUUCACGCCCACCUCCACCAGUCUACAACUUUCAGAGAUUACCAUCCCCACAUUUUUCUAACAAUUACUAUCAGUCAUCUAAUCCACAAUUGAUGAAUCAAAACAGAUGUACUUCUUCCCAUCAAUAUAAUGCUUGGAAUCCAUAUCAACAGAAGCCCAUCCCUAUCAAUUCCAAUCUAGUUAGUUCAGGUGUGUUUACUGGUCCAGAUAUCUUCAGCUUACCACCACGCCAGGCUUUCCCCUAUGUUGGUCAUUCACAGUCUUCUGACAACUCUGGUCAGGGCAGACACCAAACAGGUUACUCCAACAAAUUUACUAAGAAAAAAGAAAAGAUUGACAAAAGACUACUGCCUGAGAAUAAUGUAUUUUUUUGUGACAUCUGUGAUCGUGGAUUUAAAUCAGAAGAAAAAUAUAAAGAACACACUGCUGGCCACAUAAAAUGCAAGUACCAAGACUGUCCAUUUAUAGCAGCCCCUAAACUUGUUCAGCUUCAUAUGUCUAUGCAACAUAGGUCCGGUCUUGCUAAAAAGGUUUGGAGCUUGGAAUCGGAAGAGGAUGUGAAAAAGUGGAGGGAUGAGAGAAAAAGAAAUUUUCCAACAGCUGAAAAUAUCAAAAAGAAAUAUGAAGAAAGGUCUGAAAGAAUGGCUAGAGGGGAGAUAAUCUUUGAUAAAAGUUUUCGAAAACAGAAUGGGGACAGGGGUAACAGGGGGCGUGGUCGGGGUCAUAGAGGUAGAGGUUCUAACAGAAGGAAAAAUGAUUGGAGUAAUGAUAAGUUUGACCCUGUGCCAGACAUUGAUGGCAAGAAUUCAGACAGUGAUAAUGAACCACCAGAAGAAAUGGCAAUACAAAAAUCUCAGGCAAUAGAGAAUAGUAUUAGCUGUGAGUCCAAUGGACAUGAUCAAGUAUCACCAGCUGGGGGCCUGGCUCUAUUGGCUUCAUACGGAGACUCUAGCUCUGAGGAUGAAAACUCAAAUAAAGAACUUUCAGCAGGCACCACACCGGAGGCAAGAAUGGAGAUCUCCUUAAUAAAGGCAAAUGGGCUGCAAACUGAUGGGACUCAACAGGAGAAUGAAAAAUCAUCAAGUAUUAAACCAUCUAGCCACAUUCAAUUAAGUGACAUAAACACAAGUAAGAGAGUGGCUCAUUCACCGAAGGCUGGCAAAAAACAUCCACUGGAAAGCCCAAUUACUGUCACUUCACUUAAGAAAAGGAAAUGGCUGAACCGGCACCAUAAUUAUACACUGCUGGAAAAAUUACUUGCCCCUGAAAUCAGAAGAGAGAGAAACAAAAUUCUUCAGUGUGUGUAUUUUAUUGUACAACAAAAGUUCUUUGAACCAUCCCAGCCGGCCCAGUGAACUGAUUUGUCAAUCUCGACACGUCUAACAAUGACUUUUAUUUACCUAGUGCACUUAAAUCCAAGCAUUAAAUGCUGUUAUUAAA